CUCAAUGAAUAUUCCUAUUUAUUUGGUGCAUUGAAGUGAUCAUACAGAAAAAAAAUAAUAAUAAUAAAAUUUUGAUGGCUGCUGGGGAAUAUUAUAAUGGAAAAAUUACAUGGUUUGUGUUGCUGUCUUCAAUUGUUGCAGCAUUUGGUGGAAUGAUAUUUGGCUAUGCUUCGACUGUCACUGGCGGAGUUAUGACGAUGAAGCCAUUUCUGAAGAAGUUCUUCCCGAGAAUUUAUGCGAACAUGGAAGAAGAUGUGACGACAAGCAACUACUGCAAAUUCGAUAGCCAAAUUUUAACGUUGUUCGGAUCAUCCAUCUUUAUUUCGGGCUUAAUUUCCUCGUUCUUGGCUUCUCCGGUGACUAAGGCGCUCGGGCGUAAGGCUUCACUCCUCAUCGGAGGAGUUUCAUUUAUUAUCGGCGCUUGCUUGGGUAGCGCGGCGUACAAUUUGUACAUGUUGAUGAUUGGACGUAUUCUUCAAGGAUUCGCCAUUGGUUUUAUUAAUCAGUCGGCUCCUCUCUACCUGUCGGAAAUGGCGCCGCCGAAAUACAGAGGAGCAUUCAACUCCGGCUUCCAAAUGUGCAUCAACAUCGGCGGCUUGUUGGCUUUCGUCGUCAACUAUGCCACCGAGAAGAUCCUCGCCGGCUGGGGCUGGCGCCUCUCGCUGGCCGCCGCCGCGGCGCCGGCCCUGAUCCUCACCGCCGGCGGCCUAUUCCUGCCGGAAACCCCCAACAGCCUCCUCCAGCGCGGCUGCGACCACGAAACCGCCAAAAAAAUGCUCCAAAAAAUCCGCGGCUCCGACGACGUCCAAGCCGAGCUCGACGACCUCGCCGCCGCCGGCCGCGCCUCCAAAUCCCUGACCAAAAACCCGUUCCGUACAAUCCUCGAACGUAAAUACCGACCGCAGCUUGUCAUGUCCGUCGCAAUUCCGUUCUUCCAGCAGCUCAACGGGAUCAACGCCGUCGCGUUCUACAUCCCGCAGCUGUUCAGCGCCGUCGGCUCCGGCGUGAGCGACUCGCUCCUGGCGGGGGUGAUUAUCUCCCUCGUCGGGAGUCCGACGACCCUGAUCUCGCUGGCGAUGGUCGACCGGGUCGGGCGGCGGGCGCUGUUCCACGCCGGCGGGGUCCUGAUGCUCGUGACGCACGUGGCGGUCGGAGCCGUGAUGGCGGCUAAGCUCGGGGACGCCGGCGCGCUGAGCCGCGGGUACGGCGUGGCGGUGCUGGUCCUCGUGGCCGUCUACGUGGCGGGGUUCGGGAUCUCGUGGGGCCCGCUGGCGUGGCUGGUGACCAGCGAGAUAUUCCCGUUGGAAGUCCGGUCGGCGGCGCAGAGCAUCAGCGUGGCGACGGGGUUCGUGUUCACUUUCGCGUCGGCGCAGACGUUUCUGGCGAUGCUCUGCCACAUGAAGGCCGGAAUAUUCUUUUUUUUCGCGGCGUGGGUGGCGGUGAUGACGGCGUUUGUGUACAUGUUCUUGCCGGAGACGAAGGACGUGCCGAUCGAGAAGAUGGAGAGGAUUUGGCGGGAGCACUGGUUCUGGCGGAGGUUUGUGGUUGAAGACGCCGGCGCCGCCGCCGCCGCCGGCGGUGGUGAUGUUGAAGGGUUCUGAUUCGUUGUCGGUGCGUGGGUUAAUGGUGGUAAUUAAUUAUGGAUGUUUGAUAUUUUGCUUUAAUUAUUAAUUUAAUAAUGUGGAUAAUUUGUUAAUGAAGUGUGUCAUUGGGUUUUAAGUUUGAUCUCGUUGUAUGCGGCGUUUGUAUAAUAAAAAAAAUGUAUAAUUAAUUUAGGCUAUUUUCGACCAUGAAUUUUAUUUAUGUAGUUUUAACUUUAAAAAUGCUAUUGUUAUAAUACUUUUAUUUUAA